AUGUCGAUAAAGCCUGAUAUGAACAAAGAAAAUAUAUCAACGUUUCCAGUAGCAGAUGGUGCUAGGGUGGAUACAUGGAAAGGGAAUUUGGCAGGUCCUGGAAUGAUUCCAACCAUUGAUGACUUUUCUCUUGAUAAGCCAAUCAGCAGGGGAGCAUUUGGCAAAGUGUUCCUUGGCCACAAAAAGAAUGAUAAGAGUAAACUUUAUGCCAUCAAAGUGAUGAAGAAAGCUGACAUGGUCAACAAAAACAUGAUCGACCAAGUUAAUGCUGAGAGAGACACACUGGCCGUUGUCAAGAGUCCUUUCGUUGUCCGUCUCUUCUACUCUCUUCAGACGGAGCUGUAUAUCUAUUUGGUGAUGGAAUACAUGAUCGGAGGGGAUCUCAAGUCCUUGCUCUCCGUCUGCGGUUAUUUUGAUGAGGACAUGGCCAUGGUGUACACAGCAGAGGUCACCCUGGCGCUAGAAUACCUUCACAGUCACGGUAUUGUCCACAGAGACGUGAAACCUGACAACAUGCUCAUCUCAAACGAGGGUCACAUCAAACUGACCGACUUUGGAUUGUCCAGGAUCAACCUCAAUCGACAAAUCAAUGUCGGAGACAUCUUGAGCACCCCAAUGCCUCUUGGGGGGAACCGCCUGAAAAGAGAAUACUUUCGAACCCCGGGCCAGGUCCUGUCAUUGACGAGCCACUUUGCAUUUAACUCUCCAGAUGGGACAAAGAGGCACCAUCACAACAGCGCCUCUAGUUGUGGGAGUCUAUCGCGAUCGAGGACCAUGAUCAUGUCCCCAGCUCCUAUAAAAGGUCUCACUCCAACGCUGGAGAAUUCACGCGGACUCGACUCACCAGUGUGUCACCGGCCUACAAACGAUGGUGCUCAAUUUGCCACGCCGAUGGCAGUGCAGAAGAUAUCUUGGGAAGACGCAAAAUCGAAUGACGUACUUGGUGUGGAAGUUACGAGUAUGCAGACGUCACCACAUUUAGAGCAUGUCGUGCCGAAGUCAGAUAUCGAGGAAACGCCGCAGUUGAACUUAGUGCGGAAUAAGUCCCGUCUGAGGUCGUUUGCGUCUGAGAAGAUGCGUAGCGUCAGACGGGGGAGUGAUAUUUGUUUGGGUGAAUUGGAAACGAGCGUUGAUACUGAAAGGAAGUCACUACAGAGCAUGCUUGAUGAUUGCGGUUCGGGCGAUGAGAGUGUUAGUCAGGAUUUUGUUGAACAUUUCAAGGAGAAAUCGUCACAGGAUCAUGAUACUGGUGCAAGGAAGAUUUCAAUCGAGUUUGAAUGUCCGAGGGUGAACUCCGUGGAGACUGAGAGUGAUGGUUUGUGUCGGAAUCGUUCUGUUUCUAGUUUUGGUGAUACAAGCCCGCCAAGAUGUCCGCCAUUGUCGUCCAAUAUGCUUGAGACGCCGCUUGGAUCAACGAACAGCAGGAGGAAACGCCAAUUUGCAGACGUUUGUAAGAGCCCGUUAGGAAAAAGUGCAUCGUUGAAUCAUUUAACGGGCCAUGUCAUAAACAGGAGCACUGGCUUGACAAAGGAGAUAUUCGGAUUGAAAUUAGGUGACGAACAUUUGUUGAAAAGGUGUAACUCUCUUCCAAUGGACUUCAACCAAACGGAGACAGAUUCGUGUAGUGUUCGAUAUAGCUCAGUUGGGUCAGAUACGGACAUGACCGACAGUGUUUUCUUAAACUCUAGUGCUAUACCCGAUAGUGAAGUUGAAGUAUUUCGUACUGGGGAUAUCUUUGACGUGCACGAUAUUUCAAAACCGAUGUUUAGUAUUUCAAGUAUAGGUAGCGCCAGUGUCGCUAGUCAGUCCAUGUUGCGACAUUCUGAAGCCACAAGCUUCCACACGCCGGAAAACUUUAUCAUACCAAGUAAUUAUACGACGCCUAAUAUUUCCUGUGAGACGAGUUUUGACAAUAAUACGGUCAGUUCAGUUGAGGAGGAGGACUUGUAUCAGUCGGAUAGGUCAUGUGACACCAGUAGUCUAUCUAGUCAGGAGAGUGACAUCUCAAAAGUCGAGACAGAAAUCGUUCCGAAGAUGACACGGAGUGAUUCUAUUGCGUGGACAUCACCACAAAAGCUUCCACGGAAGAAGACAACACUGAGGUUCGGCUCACUGUGUGGGUCGAUGGGAAGUUAUGGCAGCGGACAUCAGAAGGUGCUUGAUGCUGCAGCCAGGGAUAAGAAGUCCAAGCCACACCAUCAAAUCUCCAAGACUCCAGGUCCAAUGAUGCGCACACCGUACCGCACACCGAAGAGUGUACGUCGGGGCAGACGACCCACAGUGGAAGAGGUCGAUGACAGAAUUCUUGGAACACCAGAUUAUCUCGCUCCAGAACUCCUCAUGCAAAAGAAACAUGGUGCCGCAGUCGAUUGGUGGUCGCUAGGAGUGUGUAUGUUUGAAUUUCUGACCGGAGUGCCGCCCUUCAAUGACGAGACACAAGAAUUGGUCUUCCAGAACAUUUUGAAUAGAGAUAUCCCGUGGCCCGAGGGGGAGGAAUCACUGUCUGAGAAAGCCCAGGAAGUCAUCAAUGGUCUCCUAGCCUUUGAGCCCAGCAACAGGAUGAAAGCCCAUAACCUCAAGCGACAUGCGCUGUUCUCCAGCAUCGAGUGGGAGACGCUCCACAAGAGGGAGAUGCCGUUUGUUCCCACGCCAGUGGACGAAUGCGACACAACCUAUUUUGAGCCUCGAAACGAAAUGCAGAAUUUGAAGGUGUCCGCCUUGAUGACGCAGCAGAGAUGAGGUGUCCGGAGGAAUAUGGAGUUCUGUGAUUAUACAGAGUGUCUCAAAAACAAUGCUGAAGAAACCUUAAAGUUUAGAAGGAUAUUUAUAACUUUGCACGAAGACAUGUUUUGCGACGCCCUGUGGUUCUUGACUGUGAUUGAAAUACUGUAAUUAUUUAUUUCAAGCCUCGUCGUGGUGUUUAGAACGAGAUUGUUUGAUCAUUUUCAUCGUUAUUUUGAAUAUGAAUAUGAGUUUCAUUUAUUGCA